AAGAUGGCAAGCAAGCAGUCGCCGCAAGCAAUCACAAGCAAGCUGCUCGGUGGGUGCGCGCCCCCGCGCGGGGCGCUGGUUGCUAUGGACGCCGCGGCGGUCGCUGGGCUGGACCUGGGGGGUGCGGCGCAGCGCCGGCGUCUCGGGGACCCAGCAGCCUAGGACCAAGCUUGCAGCUGGGGGCGGCACCAUGAAGGCCAUCAAGAAGGAAUCCCGGGUCAAAAUGCCAACUAGCAGGCUCGUGGAUGCCACAGACACCGUCAGAGAAAAGAAGCGGGCAAAGGCCCCUGAACAGCCAACACCACCCAUUCAGGAAGAGCCAGAGCCUGUCAGCAAUGUCCUACAAGGAGAUGAUAUUCUUGCUUUGGGCAUUAAGAAGGAAGACUUGGAGAAGCAACACCUUCCUCGACUUAGUGAGAUGGAAAACAAGCCUGUCAUUACCCGAAAGUUUAUCAUCCGUAAGCUCAAACCCAAGGAUUCGAGGAAGAAGGUUUGCCACUUGGUAGCACAUUCUACUAAUCCGGACUUCACCACCAAGCCCCUGGACUAUUCUGGUCUAGGUGACAAAUUAGAUGACAGUGACAAGAUCCUACCACAUCAUAUCUUGGGGAGUCUCAAAGAUUUCAAGAGAAUUGCAGUUGCUCGAGGGAACAUGAAGCUGGCUGAGAUGAUACACACAGAGCCCUGUCUGAUGACUGUCAUCUCAGCUAAAGAAGAGCCAGAACCAAAGGCCCCAAAGGAAGAGAAGAGACCUCCCUGUGCCCUACCUCCUCAACACAAUUCUCUGAAAAACUGGCAGCGGCAUAUCGCCCUGCGGAAGAAGCAGCAGGAAGCUCUCAGUGAGCAGCUGAAUAAGCCAGUGAAUGAGCUGCUGAUGCACACGGGGGAGACCUACAGAAGGAUCCAGGAAGAGAGGGAGCUUAUUAGCCGAGUACUUCCAAUGCAAUAUAAUGAGAAAGUAAGGACACUACCCCUAAGUGCCUUGGCAUGGACCUCCACUGGGUUCUGGAGCCCAUUGGAAUGCUUGGGAGAUGAGUUGACAGGUGUAAUCAUGACCAAGACAAAGACUCAGUGUGGCCUCGUGGAGCCCAUCACUCACAUCAGGAAGCCCUAUGCCAUCCAGAUGGAGACAGGAAUACCAGGUAGGAAGGAUGCUUGGUACCGCUACACCUGGGACCGGAGUCUGUUUCUGAUCUACAGACGCAAGGAGCUACAGGACCUCAUGGCUGAGCUGGAUUUUAGCCAGCAGGAUAUUGAUGGCCUGGAGGUGGUGGGCCAAGGGCAGUCCUUCUCAUCCCUCACAGUGGACGAUUACUCAGUGUUUGAAAGGAGCGCAGAAAGCUCUUCCUCAGAAGAUACCAUUCAUUGGCUUUUUUCUUACAGAGGCUUACUGAGCUGUUACCCUGAUUUGGGCCCCAUGCCUAUUCUCGGCCCUUCUCUGAUGUUCUGUGGAAAGCCUGCUGUCUGGAUCAAAAGCAAUAACCCAAAGGGCAAGAGGAAUGUUGGAAUUGCUGUUCGCUUGACUUUCGAAAAUCUCGAAGGGGAGAAAACAUCUUCAGAACUGACUGUGGUCAAUAACGGCACUGCAGCCAUUUGGUACGACUGGCGACGGCAGCCACUGCUGGACUGUUUCCAAGACCUGAAGAGAGACAGGAUGCAGAGAUUUUACUUUAACAACCGGGAAGGUGUAAUUCUGCCUGGAGAAACGAAAAAGUUUACCUUCUUCUUCAAGUCAGCGAAUGCUGGGAUCUUUAGGGAAUCCUGGGAGUUUGGCACCCACCCCGCCCUUCUGGGAGGUUCUAUCCUGCAGGUCAACCUCCAUGCAGUCUCCCUGGCUCAGGACAUUUUAAGGGAGGAGAGGUUAUUGAUGGAGAGCAAGCUCAAUGCCCAAGAGGCUGUUACCAUUGUGAAGAGUGUGAUGGAGGAGCUGCUGAGGGGGGUCUGGACCCCAGAGCGCACGCCAUCCCCGGUGGAUGCCUAUCUCACUGAGGAGGAAUUAUUUCAACACAAGCAUCCCCAGCUGCAUUACAAGCAUCGAGUGAUACAAAACUUGCACCAGUUGUGGCAUGAGUACAUAAUCCUGCCCUUCAAAGCCCAAGAUGAACAUCUGAGUUCCAAGGCCCAUGGAACCACAGCUCCAUCAUCCUCUCUGGAGAAGAGCCCAGCACAUGCGGAGCACUUGGCCCACAUUAGGAGCCUACUUAUGGAGUCAUCUCGGCAGGAGCAUGACAGCCAUAGGGACUCCCGAGAUUCUUCCCUGUCCCAGAAGUGUGGAGGAGACAUCUGGUUCUCUCCACGGAAGAGCAUCAUGGAGGAGGUCCUGGUGGAGGAGAACCUAGAGACAGAGGGCACCAGGAGCCCUUGGGAGUCAGACAGCAUGCCCCUGCCUGAGUGGAACCUCAGUCUGGAGGACUUCAGAAAGGCAGUGAUGACACUCCCUGAGGAGAACCAGAGAGAAGGUGCCCUAGUCCAGCUGAACAAGGCAGCGCUGGAGCUGUGCCAGGAUCAGAAGCCACUGCAGUCCAACCUCCUGCAUCAGCUGUGUUUGCAACUCUGGCGUGAUAUGAUUGACAGCCUGGUGGGCCAUUCUCUGUGGCUAAGGGUUCUGCUAGGCCUGCCUGAGAAGGAGACCAUCUAUGCAGAUACUCCAGGAGAGCUAGUUCAAAAAUCAACGCCUACCAUAGAAGUGAAAGUGCCAACCGUGAAACUUGGGAAGGAAGAACGAAAAGUAGCAGCCCAGGAAAAGAAGCAAUUGGGAAUCAAAGAGAAAGAGGAUAAAAAAGGAGUCAAGACACCAGGGAAAGAGGAACGGCUCAACAGCAAGAAGCUUAAGGCAAAAGAAGACAAGAAAGUAAUCAAAUCUUCCAGUCGAGACAGGCUUUCCUCAGAAGAUCCUGCAGCAAUGGACACCGCCACAUCUUCCCAGGAGCCCAUGGAUCCCCAGGUCAUGGAGAAGUACACUCGGCGGCUGUACACAGAGGUCUACGGGCUACUAGAGUCCCUGGUGAUCAACAUGAUGGUCCUGGCUGAUGAGGUCAACCCCAUGAAGAGUGCCUAUGACUCUUGAACCCAAGCAACCUCAUAGGAUACGUGUUAACAAG